UGGUAUGGAAAUGGGUUGGUCUUUGUCGGUAAGGUCAAGAAAAUUGGCUCUAUCCUUAUUCCUUAAUCUUGUAGGCAGACAUUGUAAAAUGGGUGAUGAAGUAAUAGCUGUCCCUCAAAAGAAGAAAAAGAAAGGCUGUGUGCAACCCACGUGUCACAUCAAGGAUUCGCUUGGACCAUUUUCGGCAACACUGUACAAUCAAGAAUACGCUUCCACAAACAAUCAACACCUGCAAUUCAUCAAAUUCAUAUUCCCCACCUUGAAAGCAGCUCUGCUAACAAUUGCAAAAUUCUCCUUUCAAUUUACCAACUCUUUCUCAUAGCAUAUACCGACAGAAUAAAGGGCAGAGGAGAGGAGAGGAGAGGGAUUAAAGGGUCCAUUAACAUCUUUCUUUGACAGCCAGGUUGCACGAGAAUCCUCUGAAACUCGCAGGAUUUCAUCAACUUCUAGACUGCUGAUGAGAUAUUACUUGAAAAGUAUGGUGUGUUUUUCGAUUUGCAGCCAAGAUUUUUCACUUUGUAUUGGAGGUCCGUCGUGAAAUUGGCCAGGAGAGGGACCAGUACAUCUGUUUUUGUCUGCACAUACAAUACCCACAAUCAAUUAAGGUUGAUCGAGCUGAGCAGUGAGUAUAUAUGGCUAUGAAUGAUGAUAUACCUGGAGCUGUGGGAACAAGUGCCAGCUUUGCUUUGAGAUUGGGCCAGGCUGCUUUUUCUUCUGCCUCUCUUCUCUUCAUGUCUUUAGGGGUGGAGUUCUACAGCUACACUGCCUUUUGCUUCUUGGUCACAAUCAUGGGACUGGUCAUUCCCUGGAGCGUCACUCUGGCCCUGGUUGAUGGCUAUUCUGUAUUUGUCAAGUGCCCAAUUCGCCAGCCAGGAAUACUACUUGUGAUCAUUUUAGGAGAUUGGGCUUUGUCAAUCCUCACACUGGCUGCAGCUAGCUCAACUGCAGGCAUAGUUGAUCUCCUCCUCAGAUCAGAUGGAACAUUCUGCCCUUCAAAGCUAUGCAGUAGAUACCAAAUAUCAGCAGCAAUGGCCUUCUUAACAUGGUUUCUUGCCAUGGCUUCAUCACUUUCCAAUCUUUGGCUACUUCCCUCCUUGUGAGGUUCUCUCCCUUUUUGAAGCAAAUGGUAUAGUAAUUGUUUCAGCAAAGUACUCAUAUAGUUAGUGCUGCAUGUAAAUAGUGGAUAAACUUUGUUAGGAAAUAUUGCUAAAUAUAGUUGAGAAAGAAUUUCUCAAGUUUGUCAGGGAUAUAUAGCUAGCAGAAGAGACAUUUGGGGAGAAAGGAAACAGCAACUAAAUGUAUAGGGGAAUGGGUCUCUCUCACGUUUCUGUAUCCCUUAAUCUCUAUUGUUUUAACUACAUAUGUCACAAAGAAUUGUUAGUUCAUGCUAAACCAUUGACUCACAGGGUCACAGGUUGGCAAGCAAAGAUCUUGCCAGUCAAAAAGCUAUUUGUAACACUCAAAAGUUUUCACUUUUCAGCAACCACUCUCAAUUGGGACUCUUUUGGCACUUGGCCAAAGAAUAAAAGUUAGCAUCAGUUACCAAUACAUAACAUCUUCAUGUGUUUUAUUCA